AUAUGUUACCCUGAACGUAAUAAUUUAUUUUUAAGGCGUUUAGCAAGACUGUGUUAAGUUCUUUUAUGUGGCUGAAUACAGAACCACAAUGCAAGCGUUUUUAAAGGGUGGAGCGUCUUCAAGUAAAGGAGCUUCAACGUCGAAAGCACAAUUGCAAAAGCAGGAAGAAGCGUUGGCGAGUAAGCCAUGGGUUGAGAAAUAUCGUCCAAAAUGUGUAGAUGACGUUGCACACCAAGAUGAAGUGGUUGCCGUGCUGAGGAAGUCACUCACUGGUGCUGAUCUUCCGAACCUUUUGUUCUAUGGACCACCAGGAACUGGAAAAACUUCAACAAUUUUAGCUCUUUCUCGUGAAUUGUUUGGUUUUCAACUAAUGAAAGAACGAGUUCUUGAGUUAAAUUCAUCAGAUGAACGAGGAAUUAACGUAAUUCGUGAAAAAGUGAAAAAUUUUGCACAGCUUACUGCCAAUUCACUGAGAGAAGAUGGAAAGAAAUGUCCCCCCUACAAGAUAAUCAUCCUGGAUGAAGCAGAUUCGAUGACGAAAGCUGCUCAAGAAGCUCUUCGAAGAACGAUGGAAAAAUCAUCAAAAACUACAAGAUUUUGUCUCAUUUGUAACUAUGUAACCAGGAUAAUUCCCCCCAUUAUAUCCCGAUGCUCACAAUUUCGCUUCAAGUCGUUAUCAACUGAAGAUCAGAAGAAGAGGUUGUGGAUGGUUUGUGAGAAGGAAGGAGUCAAAAUAUCUCAAGAUGCAAUGUCGUGUCUGGUGAAAUGUUCAGAAGGUGAUCUUCGUAAAGCGAUGACUUAUUUACAAACUGCUCAUAGAUUAAAAGGAGCGGAGGGGAUUGAUGAAAAGGAUGUGUUGGAAAUAACUGGGGUUGUUCCAGAUGAUAUUAUAAAGUCUUUGAUUCGAAGCUGUGCCUCCAACUCUCAUGAUAAAGUGCAAGAAAGUGUUGAUUACAUUAUUUCUGAAGGACACUCCGCGGCGAAAAUAAUUUCACAACUGCAUGAUGAAGUUCUUACCUUGAGUUCUCUGAACGACCUGCAGAAAAGUGUUGUGAUGGAAAAAAUAGCUAUUGUGGAUAAAUGCCUUAGCGAUGGUGCUGACGAAUACUUACAGCUCAUGGCGCUUGCCACAACCUUGCAACGACAAAUCGCAUUAUGAUGUUUCACUCUUUAAAAAGUUGUUUUUUACUUUUCUAACUUCGCAACAGCUUGCAAUGUCACUUUGCCCGGCACUGCAUAAAGGUCUACUUAAAAAGAAUUCAGACGUGAAAAUCUUAGUUUUAAAGCCGUAUUGCUAUAAAGUGUUAAAUACAAAUAGCGCAUAUUUUCUUUGUUUUUCGCUUGAAAUUUUCAUUCCACUUGCUCAAAUCACUGAAAGAGACACAAACACAAAAAGUUCCAGUAAAAUGUGACUGACGUCUCAUUCGGUAAAGUUUGCUAUUGUAAAGUGAUCAAAUAAUUAUAAAUCAACACCGAUGCUCGCGAACUUC